ACAGGUCUAGACACACCAGAGUGUGAGCAAGCACGGGGUUACACUAACCCCCCGCGACGCCACCCGUAGAGGAGAUCCCCCCACUCUGCCCUCCGAUCUCACGCUCGACACCAUUUCUUCCCCGCCCAGGGCGCCAUUGGGAGUGCAAUGACACCAAUUGGAUUGCGAGAAGGAUGAUCCGCCAGCGCCGGAUCACGCGCGGCCUCUAGGGCUUUUGGAUUGGAGUCAGGGAUUGGGAUUCUACGGGCUGCUGCUGCUGCCAGGGAGAUUUCUAUCGCUGUGGCCAGGUAUUUCGAUCGAUUUCCUUCUCUGCCCUGCUGCCUCGUUUGAGAAUAGGUUUUUUAGGGUUUGUGGGGAGAGUAGGGGUGUUUGAGAGGGAGGAAAUCCUGCAAUUCGAAGUGGCAGCGGCUGGCCAGGGGCUGUGAAUCGCAGCACAUCCUCGGGGGGUUUAGGGAAUUGCGAUUUGGGACGUGGGCACUGGAUGCCCAGCUACGAUUUGGACGUUGAUAUUCGACGAAUCAAACAGGAAUAAUAUAGCUCGGGUGGGGGAGUUCCAGUGUAGAGGCUCUCGUCUGGGCUAGUUCCUUCGUUGGAUUUUUUUUUUUCUCUCUGGGAGGGAGCUGGUGCAGGGAUUGGAUUUUUUUUUUCUCUGGGUUCUUCCAAGUCGCAGUUUCUGAUGGAGAUAUAUUUUUUCUAGCCACCAGGAGGAAGUAAGUUUGAUGGUGGCGACUCGGUGUUCAUGGUAACUUUGGAUCGAGGAGAGACCCUUGGUCAGUGCCAGGGUCGCGAUUCAUAGUCAAUGUGGAGGAAGGUUCCAUGGGCGGAGGAUCUGGUGCUGCAACCAACGUAGACAGCAUACCAUCUCCCCGCCGAGCUGCCAUAGACAAAGCUCAGGCAGAACUCAGGUUAGAAGUGACUGUAAGAGAAGAGCUAAGCAAAGAGCUUGAUUUCCUAGAAAAGGGUGGAAAUCCGCUAGAUUAUAAAUUCGGUGAGUCGCUACUACCUCGUUUUGCUGCUCAAGUGUUGUCGAGUGAACUAGACGACUUGUGUGCCCGAAACACAAACUGUUCUUCCCUCGAAAAUGGUAGAUACGUAGAGCAGGAAACUGCUAGUUGCCGUGUGACGGGAGAGGUUCUUGAAAACGGCUCGGCAGAGACUCCUGGACAUGUCAGUGACGGGCCUGUUUUUAAACACAGAGAUCACGACGAGGUUCUGGGGGUUGAAGGACGAAAGAAUCAGACGUCUACGAAAAAAUUAAAGCAGAAGGAAUUCGGCAAUGGGCACGCGGCUUCAAAGUAUCUUCCCUGCGACACGGAUCAGUCAUCCAUGUGUAGAUUUCAAGUCCCUCCAACGUGCUCUGCGGAUGUUCAAGAGGUUGGAACUUGUGUUUCACCGGGAAACGAUGGAAGCGUGCAAGACGAACGCAAAGAAAACAAGGACAUUUCGGAUGACUAUGCGAGACAAAAAGCAAUGGAACAGUCUACAAACGAAGAAAUCAACCCUGCAAGUUCUGCGGAGGCUAAGCAAGACGGGAAGGGAGUAGAGGAACAAAGCGAAGGCGAUAAAACUCGAGAUGUAGCACGGCCUUCAGAACCGUGCCCUUCGGGACUUUCUACGGAUGCAUCGGUACAGAAAAAUGAAGCGUCAGACAAACAGAAACCAGUUUCUGAGAAAGCGCAAGAAGAUAUGAUCUUAGAGGCAGCUGAAACUAUCAAGGCUGCCCAAAAACAUACGAUGGAGUUUUCAAGACACAAGCCUGGUUCUGAACCAGCAAGGCAGAAAUCGCACUGGGACUUUGUUCUGGAAGAGAUGUCAUGGAUGGCUAAUGACUUUAUGCAGGAGCGCUUGUGGAAGACAGCGGCUGCUGCACAGGUUUGCCGCUGGACGGCUCAACGGUCGCAGCAGACAAAGGUUGCCGAUACUGAUUUGAAGAAGAACAAAAAGAGGAUCGCGCAUGUACUGGCAAAUAUCGUGACAAGAUAUUGGCAGUCAGCGGCUGCCUUGACGCAAAAGCCUGACGAGUUGUCCAUCAAGAAAAAUGAUGAUUGCGAAGCAGUUCCUAUGGACGUAGAUGGUCCUGCGCCGACGGAAAAGCGUCGUCCCAUCCACAAGUAUGUCAUGCGAGCGUCAACUGAUUUAGAGCUGCCAAAAACUCCUCAAUUUGUCCCGGAUAGCUUGUUUCUCAUGGAGCAAUUUCCCGAGGAAAGCUUGGUUUUUAUCGUGUCGGACGGCGCCUUGGAGACUUACCGGCUUUCUAUUGAGAAGAACUGGGAUGCUUUUGUGAGUGAGAAGCUUUUACAGGACAGUCUCAACGAUCAACGUUUAUCUGGCAUGUGUUCUGAGUUAGACCUGUAUGGAGACGAUUCAAGGUCGUUUGGUAGUCGGACAUCACCAAAGCUACCUGACGAUGAUUACGGGAUGCACUACAUGCCGGGUGACUUGACCAUAUCAAAGAAAAAGAGGAAGAGAAUUCUCAAGGCGCAGACACCUAAAGCUUACGACGGUCUGUCACAAGGUGGUUAUUGUGAUGGGAGUAAUCGGCUCGCAUCGCCCGCGAAAAGGCCUACCGCUGGUGCAGCUAGUUCCAUCGGAGUUAUUCCUACGAAACGCAUGCGAACAUCAGCAGUAGUUGCUCGACAACGUGCAGCGUCGACUACAUUGUCUCCUGGUGCACACAGAGGGAACGCGUCCUCGGCUUCCACGAACUCCCAGCAGGAAGACCUCCUUGGAUUUCCUGACAGCCGAGCUAGUGAGGGUGACUCCGUGGGUCCGAGAAAGGGUGGGCUGGGCACAAGCUCUCUCCGGUUCAAGAAGAAGAAGAAGACGAAAGCUUUCCACUCCGACUUCUCAACGGAUGCUAUAUCGAACUCUCAUCUUUCAAAAACUGACGCUGAACUUAAUCAGCUUGAACAGGACCAGCUCAAACGCAAAAGUGACCAGUACAGUCCACUGUCAUCCGAGCAUGAUACACCUGGGACACCAGGGUCACAAGGUGUUGUCAGUAUGCAUCCUAUGAAGAAAUUGAAAUCUUCAAAGCAUUCUCCUGACUUUGCGGAAGCUGGGCCUUCAGCAACCGGUCUCAACCUGACCACUUCGAGUAAAAUUUUGAGACAAAAUAGCGCUCGUGAUAGAAUACGGCGAAACAAAGCGACCAAGGGCUUCAUUCAGUCGUCAAUCAAUCCUCCAGGAGUUGGUAUUCCCUGGUCAGCUACCGAGGAUCAGGCAAUUUUGGCACUUGUGCAUGAUCUUGGUCCGAAUUGGGAGCUUGUAAGUGACGUAUUGAGCUCCAGCUCCCAGCUAAAGGGCAUUUUCCGGAAACCAAAAGAUUGUAAAGACAGACACAAGUCUCUUUUGGACAGAUUAUCCAAUGAUAAUGGAGACAACGAUGAGCCGGGAACAUCAAUGCCGAAGCAGCAAAGUACGCGUGUCUUCUUGCAACGUUUACAGGGGCCGAUGGAAGAAGACACUGUAAAAGUGCACCUUGAGCGGAUUGUGAAUAUUGUGCAGGCUCACCGCUCAAAGCAGCAACAGAACGACACGUUAGAAAACCAGGAACUUUUACCUGUGCACGCAUCUCAUUUAAGUACAGCAUCUCAAUUCAGUCUGUCCGGUGUGCCUCUCAGUCCUUUGGAUCUUUGCGAGCAUCCGAUGUCAAAUGGAGACAUCCCUGCGCAUGGCUAUUCACUGCCUCAGCACCCGGGACUCAACAUGCCAGGCGUUAUGGCACCUAAUGGCUUGCGACCAAACUCGGCUGGUCUUCCUUUGCUCCCACAUCUGGGUUCUAUGGUCUCUCCAGGCUCCGCUGCAAUUAACGCGGCUGCUGCACGAGACGCUCAAAGGAUGGCUGCUUCGAUGCGUCCCUUGUCGGCAGAGGAGCAGAGGCUACGGUACACUCGGAUGGUUACGGGACGUAGCUUGCAACCUCAAGCAAACUCCCCUGGUAACUUGCCAAUGGCAAGUUUGCCAAAUUCAAGUGACUGCUCAAUGCCGAUGCUACCUUCUGGUAACACAGCAGGCUUGAUGGGCUUGAACAGAGGCGGCUUGUCGCUACCGAGGCCAACCAUGCCGGGCAUGAUACCACCAGGACCUUCACCAGGACUGAUGCCUCCCGGUGGAGUUGCUUUGCCCGCGUCAGGUUCCAUGAUGGCAGGUGGUAUACCGAGCCCUGCGAAUUUUAUGAAACGGGCAAGAGACGCAACUCAGCUGAUCCGGUCUGGCCGCUGCACGGAGGAGCAAAAGCAGCAUAUUAUCCAAGAGCUGCAGCACCAAGCUGCUCAAGGUAAUCCUCAGGCAGUUGCUGCUUUGAACACUCUAAGUUCAAACAACAUGAACCUUUCCAAUCCAAUGGUCUCUUCACCAACUCAAAGUUUCGCACCUCAACAGCAGCAACAUUUGAGCCCGCAGCAGCAAAGCCAGCAGCAGCAGCACCAGCAGUAUUUGCAAGCGGUCCGUUUGGUCAACGAAAGACAACAACAGCAGCAGCAACAGCAGCAGCAGCAAAAAAGAAUUUUCCAGCAGCCAAACAACUUGUUGCAGCAGCAUCAGCUUGGAAUGUUGACACAGCAGCAGCAGCCUUUGCUCCCGUCCCAGCAAGCGCAGCAGCUAUCUCCGAGCCAGCAGCAGCAGUCGCCGGUGUUGCCAGGAGCGCAACACCCGCAACAGCCAACGCCAGCACAAAUGGGACAGCUCUCAGGCCAGCAAAAGGUACAGGUACCAACACAAAAGCAGUCAUUAACAAAACAACCAAGUUUCCAACAGCAGCAGCUCUUGCAGGUCCAGCAACAAUCCAAAGUGGGUAAGAACAACGCGAGCGGCCGGGGAGUCGCAACACACUCAGCUCUGAUGCCGGGGAGCCAGCAAACAGCCAACUCUCAGCUGCCAAGCCCGCCAGGAACGGCUCAAGCUGGCCAAGCGCAACAAAGAAGUUUGGCGAUGCAGCAAGCCGGGAAGCAAGCCAGCAUGAGCCAGCCUGGUAAGGUUUCGGGACAAAGCCAGGGGGGACAACUCACGCAAGGCACCGCUGGACAAACUUCGCAGCAAAAGAGUCUUCAGAAGCAAUCGCCGCAGGGAGCAUCUCCGGUGCCAGCAGCUCCGUCGACGCCACCUCCGCAGCAGCAAACUACGCCGGCUACUUCAGCUGCUGCACCGCCAGCUUCUCAACAGCCAGCUUCGACGACUACGCAAGCUCAAAUCCAACGAAGGCAGCAGCAGCAACAACAACAACAGCAGCAGCAGCAGCAGCCACAAUCACAGCAAGCUCCACAGGCUAGAAAGUCACAGCAAAAACAGGCCAGUGCGCUACAAGCCCCUGGGAAGAACACUACGCAGCCGCUGGGUGGCUCAAACACGGGCAGUGGUCCCAUGAGCAUUGGAACCAGCAGCUCGGGAUUGCCUCCUCAAGCAGCGUUGGCUCCGAGCGCAGCGGGGUCAUGGAAACCAGGCCAGAACUUCCCCGGCAUGUACAAUCUAACGAGGAGCACCAGCGGUGGCGCUAACCAAGGCAGUGCCAAUGGAAACGGUGGAGUGGCACAAAACCAAGUUGGCACAGCAGCGAAGCUCGGUAUUGUCCCGGCUGUGAAUGGGAGAACUCUGGCACAGCAACAGCAGGGAAGUGGUGCUGCUCAAAGGCCUGUCCAGCAGCAGCAGCAGCAAAGCUUACCAGUGCCAGUGCCUGUCCCGACGAACACGAUGAAUUCUACGAGAGCGGCAAGGCCAUCCUCGGUGCUUCCCAGCUCGCCAUCUUUCCCAGGAACGCCGGUGCCAAGUUUGAGUCAUGGUGUACAGCCAAGACAAGUCCAUGGCGGAGCACAAAGGCCAACGACGAACGGUUCUAGUAAUCCGUCAGUGACCGCGAGUGCCACUGCUGCUCCUCCAAGCGUUGUAACAUCCUCGAGCUCCCCACGGUAGCGAUCUCUCCAGUGUAAUUUUUGCUGCUUCCAGCCCACCCAUUGUUUCUUCCUCUUCCUCUCUUUUUUUUUGCGUUCUUCCUUCGCUUUUCUUCCGAGUCUGAUUUGCAGGCUACCCGGCUGACUUUAAACUUGGCUGCUUGAUCGCUGCUGUUGUUGUUUUGUUUUUGUUUUUUUUUUCGCGCUGAUGGAUGAAAAAAAAGAGAGAGAGACACCGACGAGAAGAGGACGACGCUGUUGUUGCUGACGGGUUUGUAUUGUAUUGACUUUAAACUUCCUUUUGAGCUGAAGGCCAGUGGGAUGAGUGUGUAUAUUUGUUUUGCUUUUUUUUUGGGAGCCCAAGUUCCUGCUAGGAUGUAUCAGCAGAAAUUUGAAAACAAAAACAUGAAGAUUUUUGCCUUUCAAAAGA